AUGCCGCCGCGCUGCCGAGGAGUGUCGGGCUACCGCGGCGUCCGCCUGCGCCCCAACGGCGGCUACUACGCCGAGAUACGCUCUGGCGAUCUCCGGCUCGGACUCGGCACCUACGGGACGGCGUGCGAGGCCGCCCGCGCGUACGACGCGGCGACGUGGCGCCUAGGCCGGCGGCACGGCCAGAUGAAAUUCCAAGACGUGUACAUGCUCCAGCAGGCGCUGGACGUCGCCCCAGCGCCUCGUCUGAACACGACACAAGACCGUGCGGAGCGCGCUGAGCGGCAGCGCCGCCUCCUCAUCGCCCAGGAGGACGAGCGGGUCAUGGCGAAGUGGCGCCGGCGCCACCCGGAGGACGUCGCCUACGAGCAAAACUACUGGGCAAGGCGCCACGAGGAGGACACACGAAGGCGCCGCGAGGAUCGGUUGGACAGGCGUCGGCGGAAGGCAUCACUACUAGAAAAACUUGGUUUGCCGACGGCACCCGUCGGCAUAAAUGCAGCUAUGCCGACGGUCAAGGGCAGGCCGUAG